AUGCUUCCGAUCGUGCUACUGCUGAUUGCGCUAACACAUCCAACUUUGCAAAAUCGUUUCAAACGACUCAGCGCCUAUGACCCGGCUAAUCUGCUUCUGCCGCAGAGAAGGGAGGAUGUGCCGGCAUACCGUAUCCGACCGUAUAGGCCGAGGCUACGCGUUGUCCUAGCUGAGGUCACCAAGAAGUUCAAUGGAAAAGAGAUACCUAUAUGGCUUGGAGACGGCUUCGUUCGCAUUCCGAAACGUCCAGUGCUCUCCAGGGCCCAGGUGAUUGAAGAUUCCGCUGAACAAGGCAUUGAGGUUCAUUUUGGUGGCGGUUCUCGUCCACAUUAUCCCUAUCCAAGGGUUCCAGCUCCAUAUCGUCCAACCGAGUGGAAAACGACGACUUAUCCACCAGUUAUGUACACUCUAGGUCCAGGACGAGUUCCCCCUGCAAGGGAGCCCUUCAAGGCGGAAAUGGAGAAGGUUGUACCACUAAAACAGCCAUAUAUGGGUACGGACUCUUUAAUCAUUUUCAAGAAGAAGAAACGGCCGCACCACUGA